AUCGCUCUUCAAACUGGUCGGAGAAAACAAUAAAAAAUGAAACAUCUCAUCCGCCGCCUCUCUCGCGUCGCCGACUUAUCCUCCGAAUUCUCCUUCCGCCGAUCCACCUCCUCCUCCUUUCGCAUCCGCCGCGGGCACCACCGUCCCCGCAUGCAACCGCCGUGGUCGAUUUUCCCGGCGAGACGUGUCAACACCGUCCCCGCCGGUCACGUACCAGUCUACGUCGGCGAGGAGAUGGAGAGGUUCGUGGUGAGCGCUGAGCUCUUGAACCAUCCUGUCUUCGUUGGACUGCUCAACAGAUCAGCUCAGGAGUACGGUUACGCUCAGAAAGGAGUCCUCCACAUCCCCUGCCACGUCAUCGUUUUCGAGCGCGUGGUGGAAACGCUCCGGUUGGGUGUCAACGAGUCCGGGGAGAUACAAGAGCUAGUGGCGUCGUUGCUCUCAGGCGAUGAGCUGAUACCUGGAACUACAGAGUAGGAUCAGAUUAUGUAAAUAAUAAUAUAUAGAAAUUUUAAUUUUACUUAUAUUAAUUUCUUAGAUUAAUUAUUCGAAUGUUGUCAACAUCGGUCUUAGCUGUGAUCGAGAAACUGAAUUUUCGAUUAAUAACCAAACCGGUUUGAAACUGAAAUAUGCAGAAAUAAAAAAGUAAACAAGAAAAAAAGAAAGAAACGUGCCUUCCAUACGUUACAUGUACUGAUGUAUAGUUUAGUUUAACAAUCAAAUAAACUCAGUUUUCAAGUUGCACGUUUUCGGGUUAAUUAUACCUAAGUCAUAAGUGUAUCAUCAUCCUUUACCAAGAAACGUAAGAGUUUAUGCAGUUAUGGCAAUUCGAC